GUGGACUCUGAGUUCAGGUUUGAACUCAAAACCUGCUUCUUGAAAUGGGCCCCUGCUGAAAAGAGUUAAUUCAAUCAACUUUAAGUUUUUGCGUCAAAGUAGCUUAUCAAUGUUCGUAUUUAUAUUAUACUAUCACUGAGUUGUGACUUGAUUAAUUGGAGUUUGUUUUAUUUGUAUUUUCUGCCUUUUUCCAUUCAUUACAAAGCCAUAUGCUUUUACUUUGAAACUCCCAGCCGGAAGUCGCUGCGGUUGUUUUGGAACUGACAGCUCUGCGAUUUUCCUUUUCUGUUCUGGGUUUCUCUGCUGUAUUGAUGUGUGAGAAAACAUGGCAGGCUUGGAGGUGUUGUACACCUGUGUGGCAGGUAGCCUGACGUCUCCUCAGGACGCCCUCGUGUGUUUCGUUCACUGGGAAAUGAUCAAAAGCGGAUACAGGUGCAUCGGGUCCGGAGACGAGCCCUGCAGUGGUGACCGGAAGUCAGAGCUGCUGCCUGCAGACUGGAGCAGUAACAAGGAGCUGUACAGUCUGCGCUAUGAAGCUGUGGACUCAGAUGCUAAGGUGCUGCUGAAAGCCAUUGCUGUGGACUCUGCUCUGAUAUUCAACCUGAUGAACUGCAGCACGCAGCAGGUGGCUGACCUAACCGUAAACGUCAAGGAUCAUGUGAACGCAGAUCAUCUGGACACUUUUGACAGGGUUUUCAUAAAUGGAGAGAGUUUGUCAGAGAAGGUGAAGGCUCAGCUGCUCCCUCCUCGAGAAAAGCUGACGGAGAAGAAAGCAGGGAGGAAGAGUCUGCGGGAGGAGGAAGACGAGGCAGAAGGAAGGAGGAGGAGAGAAGAACACGACCCUCUACACAUUCCCAGCAGACAUCCCAGUACGGGAACGCAGCAUCCAUGGUUGGAAAACGCAAAUCCUCAGCCUGAUACCGUAGUUCCACCUUUUGCCGCUGGGGGAGCAGAUCUAGAUCCGUUUGGAUCUCGAGGUGGCGGUGGGAUGAUCGUGGACCCCCUGAGAUCAGGGCGUCCCCGCUCUGGCUUUGAUCCCUCCAGCGGCAUCCCAGACAUUUUGCCCCCAGGAGCCGUGCCCCCAGGUGCUCGCUUCGACCCGUUUGGGCCCGUCGGACGACACAGACCAGGGCCGGAUCCGGGCCACCUGCCCCCCCCGGACUAUGAUGACAUGUUUAUGUAGAGCCCAUCCUGGUUGGUCCUGAAACCUUGACUCGGUUCUGAGCCAGUCACUUUGACAACUAUGUUGUUAGUGUUUUCAUUCUGAGGAACAGAAUGAAAACACUAACAACAUAGUUGUUAGUGUUUUCAUUCUGUGGAACAGAGGAGUCUUCGGGAUGUGAAGCUUGAUAAGUAGAUAAAAGCCAGUUUGUUUUUGGAUCGAAAGAGAAUCUUCUAACCUUCAGGAAAACCUUGUCUUUGUUUUCUGAGCUGAACCUGUUCGUAAACCAGGCAGCUCAGAAAAAACAGAAGAUGUUUUUUUUCCUGACAUGAGCUCCUGGUUGAAUCUAAAAGAGAAAGUGUUGUUAAUAUUUCAAGUUCCUGAUGGAGAAAAGCUGCUUUACCAGCUCAUUCAGGAACAUCAGAAAUAAACUAUUUAAAUCCUGA